AGCUAGUGAUCAUCUUCACAUAAUUAAUAGAGUAUAAGAUAUGGAGUACUCUGGUGAUAACAAGAUGGUUCUCAAGCCUAUACGAAUAUCAAAGAAAUUAGAUGAAAAUGGAGAAGAAGAAGAAGCAAUAUUACUGAGUCCACCUUCUCGAAUGUUUCAUGAACCUAACUACAAUGUAUGCAUUGUAGCAAUCAUGGGAUGGAAAGUACCAAUUAAGGUUGAUGCCAUCAAAGCUGAAAUACAACACAAGUUGCUUAAACACCCACGCUUUUCCAGUUUGCAGGUUAUGGAUGAAAGUGAUGGCAGCCGAGAAAUACGAUUAGUUCCCACGGCAGUGAAUAUAGAUGAUCAUGUUAUAGUACCUCAGAUCGCUGGUAUUAAUAUGGACACGGACAAGUUUGUGGAAGAUUAUAUAUCAAACCUAAGCACGACAACUAUUGACAUGUCGAAAUCUUUAUGGGAUCUUCACAUCCUUAACGUGAAAACAUCCGAUGCCGAGGCAACUUCUAUUUUCCGUUUUCACCAUUCGCUUGGGGAUGGAGUUUCACUCAUUUCCCUCUUACUCUCUCUUUUUCGGACAAGUUCAGAUCCUACUUCUUUGCCGACACUCCCAGUUUCUUCUUCCUCUAAGGACAAAUCGAACUUAUCAAUAAAUAAUCGAGAAAAUAUUUGGUCGUUGAUAUGGAAGUACCUCGUAAAGUUGUGGUUGCUCAUCAAACUUUUGUUCAAUACGGUUGUGGAUAUUUUGCGGCUUACAGCUACAAUGCUCUUCUUGAAGGACUCUCAAUCACCUUUUACAGUUGCACAAGGAUUUAAGUCCAAUCGUCACAGAUUUAUCUAUCGGACUGUUAGUUUGAACGACAUUAAAUUUGUUAAGAAUGCAACAAAUGUUACGGUUAAUGACGUUAUACUGGGGAUAACACAAGCAGCAUUAUCUCGUUAUAUCCACCGAAGAUACGAAGUUGAAGGUAAGAGGAAAUUUUCGCUGGAACGAAUGAGAUGCAGAGCGACUGUUCUAAUGAAUUUGAGACCGGCUUUAGGAGUUCAAGCUAUAGCUGAAAUGAUUGAGAAGAACGCCAUAGUGAUACAAGGAAAUUGUUUCAGCUUUAGCUUAAUUCCCUUAACUAUAGCUGAAUUAGAGAAUCCUCUGGAUUAUGUUCGCAAAGCUAAGACAUCAAUGGAUCGAAAGAAGCAUUCUCUUGAGUCUCGAUGCAUCUUUUAUAGUUUACACUUCUUCCUCAAGUUCUUUGGCUUAAGGGGUGCGACAACACUUUGUGAAAGAAUUCUAUCCCGAACAACACUAAUCUUUUCACACGUAAUUGGUCCGCUUGAAGAAGUUUCUUGGUCAGGUCAUCCAUUGACAUUUGUUGCCCCAACAUGUUAUGGACAUCCCACUGGGCUAAUGGUUCAUGCGUGUAGCUAUGCCAAGAAGUUAACAUUUGUUAUAGCAGUUGAAGAAGGAAUGACUCCAGAUCCUAAUCAGCUUGGCGAUGAUUUUGUCGAUUCCUUCAUGCUUAUCGUCGAGGCUGCCCUCUCAAACAAAAUUGAGAACCAUAGUUAACUAGCUCAUUACACAUCUGAAAGUACAUCUAUGAUAUGUACAUUUAAUAUUGCUCAAACUAUUAUAUUUGAUUAUAUUCGAAAAUUGCUUUUAGUUACU